GGAAGUUGCCCGAGUUGUUGCUGUGUGGUGAAACAGAGGUAUAAAGAUAUCAUGAAGAAAAUUACUGCUUUGUUAAGCUGGGAUAAACUUUUGAAAUAUCCUGAUUAAAAGAAGCUGCAUUAAGGACUCCAAGCCACUUCCCUCAUGGUUUUCCUUUGACUGUCUUCCAUAUGAAAUGGGCCUGAGCCACUCUAAGGCUCACCCUAGGGUCACCAAAGUAGCACCUUUGCAAAACAAAGAGGAAGGGACUCCCUCAGCUGGUCCUGUGGACUUUGUGUUCAAUCAGAAUCUGGAAGAAAAGAAUUCAUAUUCGUUUGGAAGACUACAAGACCGGAAUAAAACUUUGGAAGGCCAGCUGCCACCUCUAAGAGAAACCUGGUAUGGAAGAUACUCUGCAGCAUCUGGGGCCAUGUAUUUUGACAUCCCACUGGAACCAAGAGAAACAAGUAUUAUUAAAAGGCAUCCACCCCGAAGACUUCAAAAGCUUGAACCCAUUGACCUGCCACAAGCAAUUACCUCUGAAAGGCUCCUGAGCCAGCGAGAAGCCAGGACGAUGCACAAAGCAAAGCAAGAACUGGAAAAGAAUAUGCAAACUCCAAUGUAUACUUCUGGGAAAAGACAAUAUUUGCACAAGAUGCAAAUGCUGGAAAUGAACCGUAAAAGGAAAGAGGCCCAAAUGGAACUGAAGAAGAAUCUUCACUGGGAGGCAAGGAUUAAUAAUCAAAACCCAAGAUGCCACAAAACCGAGAAAACGUUUCAAGGCAUCACAAGCAAUGACGACCAUGACCUUCUAACUGUGUUGCCUGAUGAAACCUUAAACAGAGAUCUAGAAAAUUCACAGAAUGCAAAAUUUUUGGACCAUCGAGCAAGGAAUGUCUUAUGUCCUCAGAAAAUUGGCAAGAUGGAUACCUGGUUCCCUGUACAAGAGGACCAAGGACAACUUCUCUGGGACAGUUCGAGCUCUGACUCAGAGGAGUUGGGGAAAGAUGAGAAGAAACCACACACACUGGAGUCACCUAUGAAAUGGCCUCGUAAACAAAUGGAUGAAUGGAUGACAUGUACUGCUCACGUAAAGCCUUUUGAAACAGAAAACAGAACACAGAUCCUUAUGCCACUUCCUGUCUUACCAUGGACACACAUUGGUCGUCAAAUCAUAUUAACAUCAACAAGUUCCUGCCCUGAAUAUACAACCAAAGCCUGUUUGCAAUAUCACUUCAAAACCUCACUAAUUUAAAAUACCGUAUGAGUGCUUAGAUAAAAGUAUGCUAGGGAGUUGGUAUGCUAAGGACAGACUGUUAAAAAUAUAAAUAUGCCUCAUCUUUUUAAAAAUACUAUUUUAUUUAAGAAUAAAAUAA